CCUGUUACUAGUGUUCUACUCGAAGCAAAUCUGUCAUCGAAAAGGUACUUCAUAUCGACCAUGGAAACCACACAAGUUGUAAUCAUAGGUGGUGGAGGAUGCGGUUUGACCCUUUCAAGUCUAUUGUCCAAUUAUGGCGUUGACCAUAUCUUGUUCGAGCAGCAUGCUACCACUUCACGCCUGCCGAAGGCACAUUACAUAAAUCAGCGGACCAUGGAGAUAUUCCGUCAACAUGGUCUCGCAGAUGAGAUCGUCGCCACGGGUGCGGAUGGGCGUUUCUUUCGCAGGAUUGUCUGGAAGUCAUCUUUGGGCGGCGAUAAACCGACUGAUCGGAGGACUUUGGCGAGUGUGAAUGCAUUUCCAGCUGGACAUUUAGCAAACCGAGACAAACCGCAUGGCCCUAUGUGUUCUCGAAAUCUGCCACAAAUUCGCUUGGAACCAAUUCUGAAGCAGCUUGCGAUCAAAAAGAACUCCGAAGGCAUUAGGUUCGAACACAGAGUCGUUGACAUCGUCUCGACGGACUCAGGUGUUGUAGUGAAGGUGGUCGAUGCUGAAGGAUUAGAGCAUACUGUACAAUCCAAGUACGUUGUCGGAGCAGACGGUGGGAGGUUCGUGGGCGCCAACAUCGGCACUCAGAUGCAUGGAAUCCGGAACAUUUUUGAAGUGGUCACGACCCACUUCAAAGCCGAUCUGUCCAAAAUUUGGGACGAGGAUGUCUUCCUCGCCAACGUGAAGGGCGAGCACGGAGAAGCUGGCGUCUUGCCCAUGGGACCGACAUGGGGCAAACAUUCGGAGGAAUGGGUCAUACACAUGUCACAUCCUGUAGGCGAGUCUACUGGCAAAGGAGAGGAUCAGAUCAAGACCAAGAUCGCCGCGAUUCUCUCCAUCCCGACAUCUGACAUUGAGAUCUUGAUGAUCAGUGCAUGGUCACCGGAAUGUGUGCUUUCCGAUGCAUACAAGAAAGGCCCCGUCUUCAUCGCUGGAGAUGCCGCACAUCGUCAUCCUCCAACAUCCGGUCUGGGUCUCAACACCGCUGUGGCGGACGCGCACAACCUGGCAUGGAAGCUGGCGCUCGUCUUGAAGCAUGGCGCGAACGGAGGCAUCCUUGAUUCGUAUGAACAGGAGAGACAUCCCGCCGGAAGACGAAACUGCGAUUGGUCAUUGAUGGCAUUGUCGAACAGAAGAGUGCUUGCUACAGCGCUCGAAAUGGCUGCCCAGACAGAACAGCUUUGCGUGAACGAGGGCGGUCUUCGAUCGUCAAAAGCGCUACUUCAAGCUGUCCUUGAGACACAGAAAGUCGAGUUCAGUGCACACGAUCUGGAGGUUGGACACAUCUAUGAGAGUGUUUCAAUUGUCCCCGACGGAACGGCUAUCGAAAAGGUCGACCCAUUGGGCCAAGUCUACUACCCGUCCACAAGACCGGGUCAUCGUCUACCACACUGCUGGCUUCGGACCAGCACCUCAAGCCGUAUCCCGACAGUGUCAACUCAUGAUCUGGUCGGGCAAUCACUCCAAUUCGUACUGGUCACCGAUGCCGGUGGGCAAGCGUGGAAGAAUGCGAUCAGUGAUCUGCAGUCCACGUCACCUGCGCUUGUUAAAUGCGUCACCAUUCUGCCCCGGGGUACUCAAAGUACCGAUAAAGCGAGCGAGUUUAUCGACGUCGACGGGCAAUGGGAGAACUUAAGUGAAUUGAGUCAAGGUGGUGCCAUUUUGAUCCGUCCGGACAACUACGUCGCUUGGCGAUCCAUCAAUGCGGACGCGCAAGCUAUUCCAACCUUGAUCGAACUUUUGAAAAAGACUCUUAAGUCCUCGAAAUCCUCGACGGAUCUGAAGUUGUAAAUACAUACUCUGAAUCCGACGAUCUUCUGCCCAGGUGAAUAGUCACUCAAUUGCAUUCCCUGCGGCUGCGCGUUCACUGGGCAUUUGACAUAAAGUCAGGCUUCAGAAGCUUUGUAGCCAUUGCCAGUAAGAUUAACACAGCGCUAGCACGAGAAAGCCAUCGACAUGUUAUUAUCGGCCUAAUUUCGUAGCAAUCGAGACACAUAAAACGGAAUCUCCUCUCACACGCUCUUGCCAAAACCUGACUGCA